AUGACACGACCUGAAAUUCCACCUGUCUCACUUUACCCCGCCGAUUUCGAAACAUCCUUCCCCACCGUCUCCCCCGACUCCCCUCCUUUCCCCUCCCUCAUCCCACUCUCCCACACCACAAAGCGCAUUUCCCUAAUCCCGCUCUCUCUUGAUCACAUUCCAGAUCUAUGGAAACAUGUCGGCGGAGAGGAAAAAUAUAUGCUUUACAAAUAUAUGCCAGGUGGACCAUUCAACACCAUUGAAGAAUUCACAAUUUACCUAAAAUGGCUUAUUGACUACUCGCAAUCUGAAUUUGUGAAUUGGGCAGUUGUAUUGCCCAGUGGAGAAGCCGUGGGCAUUAUUUCUUUUUUGAAUAUCGUACCUUCUCAGAGAAGAAUCGAGGUUGGUCAUUUGUUGUUUUCGAAGUCCUUGCAGAGGACUACGGAGGCGACCGAGGCGUGUUAUGUGUUGAUGGAGUAUGUGUUUGGAUUGGGGUAUGAGAGGGUGGAGUGGAAGUGUAAUGCGCAGAACGUGGCGAGUAAGAGGGCCGCGGAGCGGUUGGGGUUUGUAGGGGAGGGUGUCUUUAGGAGACAUAUGGUUAUAAGGGGAAGGACGAGGGAUAGCUGGUAUGGAAGUGUGAUCUUGGAGGAGAUGGGGUUGGUUAGGAAAGCGUUGGUGGAGUGGUUGAAGGCGGAGAAUUUUGAUGAGGGGAAGCAGAAAAGAAAGGUUGAGGAAAUUAGGGAGAAGCUGGCCAGAGGGCCCAAUUAG